AGUGUGUUGACUGACUUCACAGUCCUCUGCGGUUGAACGGCAGAGAGUAGCCGGAAGCCUCAAUACAGUUUUUGAGUAGAUGAACAUCUUUAUAAAGCCGAACGGUUGUUACAUUUCACUUUGCGACUCGGUCUACACGAUACUCUGAAGCUGUGAAUAGAAAUGAGGCUGAAAUCUAUUGCUUUGGAUUUCAUAUUUAAGGUCUGACCGCUUCACCCACCUGUCACCCUGGCGGCACAGGAGGUCAUGCGGGUGGAGGAGCAACUGAGCCCUGGCAGCAUGGCGUCUGCUGUAGGGAGCGCAUCCUUGCCCAGUCCUCAGAGCGAAGCAGUGACCAGUGAGCUCCAGGAACUCACACUGCAGUCUGUACCGAACUUACCGCCCCUGAGAGAUCGAAAGAAUGUUCUUCAGCUCAAACUACAACAGAGAAGAACAAGAGAGGAGCUGGUCAGCCAAGGAAUCAUGCCCCCGCUGAAGAGUCCAGCUGCUUUCCACGAACAGAGGAGAAGUCUGGAGAGAGCACGCACGGAGGAUUACCUGAAGAGGAAGAUUAGGAGUCGGCCAGAGAGGUCAGAACUGGUGAGGAUGCACAUACUAGAAGAGACUUCAGCCGAGCCCUCGCUGCAGGCCAAGCAACUCAAGCUGAAGAGAGCUCGUCUGGCUGAUGACCUCAACGAUAAGAUCUCCCACCGCCCUGGUCCCAUCGAGCUCAUCCACAAGAACAUCCUCCCAGUGCACACGCUUAUUGGUACAGAGUCUCCAAAGGGUGAGAGCUCCUCAUUGGACGAGGACAGUAGUGAUGCUCUGUCUCCGGAUCCACUGGGUGGUCAGGAUUCACCGCUGAGCAUUGGCCCUCAACACUCCCCCUCUGAUAUGCUGAAUAUGAAUGGAGACCUCUCACCCACUCAGUUCCUCACUCAUGCCCCACCUCCUGCAUUUGGUGCAUCCGACUCCUCUCCUUCACAGAAUCCAGCUAAUGAAAGUACUAUAACAAACUGUGCUCGCCCACCUACAGGACAGACAAGGUCCAAGUCCAGCACAGAUCGGGCUUCACAGCGGCCCAAGAAAGCCAAAGACAACAAGCCCAAAGUGAAGAAACUCAAAUAUCACCAAUACAUCCCUCCCGACCAGAAGAACGAGCGCGAGCCUCCUCCUCAGCUGGACUCCUCGUAUGCCAAGAUCCUUCACCAGCAGCAGCUCUUUCUUCAGCUCCAGAUCAUUAACCAGCAACAACAGCACUACAACUACCACACCAUCUUACCGGCUCCACCCAAACUCCCUACUGAUAAGCCGCUACCAUCCACCAAUCCUGGCCCCUCCCCUUCCCAGACUGUUUCCACCUGUUCCACAGUCUCAUCCAAUCAGAAUGGGCCUAAUCGCCAGAGCCAGUCCACAGUGGACGGAGCCAAGCCCAGCAAUUUGCCCGCCAACCUGGAUGAAUUCAAAGUUGCCGAACUUAAACAAGAGCUCAAAUUGAGAGGGUUGACAGUAUCAGGCACUAAAAAUGAUCUCAUCGAACGACUGAAAAACUACCAGGAGAAGAACAACGCAGCAGCGGCUUUAAAAACUGGGCUGGCUCAGUCACAUCAAGUCUCGGUUCAGUCAUCCGGUCAAGCAAAAGAUGUCAAAAUGUCAGUCUUUCCUGUAACGCCCACUACCAAGGUCCACUCCACGCCUCAAAUUAUGCGCUUUAACAGCACUAGCUCCUCCCCUCCUGUCUCUCCCACCCCCUCUGACCGCUCCCUGGCUGGAUUAAGCCCAGAUGAGGCCAGCUGCAAUGGAGAUGUGUUUGGAGAAAUGGUCAGCUCACCCCUCACCCAGCUUAGUCUGCACCCCUCUCCAGACCAUCCCUCUCCAGUUAAAGAGGAGUCUCUUGGGCAGAUGCAGUCCUGCUGCAGCUUUUCCCGCUCUGGUCUAUUGCCUCAAGAACCAGCGUUAUCUCUAGACAAAGAUCAAAUGCUUCAGGAGAAAGACAAGCAGAUAGAGGAGUUGACACGGAUGCUCAGACAGAAGCAGAGACUGGUGGAGACGCUCCGUUCCCAGUUAGAGCAGGGUAAGCGCGGAGCAGCCGCAGAGACUGUAAACAACGUGGUUAAUGCUGAAAUAUCUUCCCUUCCCAAUGGUGUGGAAGUGAAAGUGAAGGAAGAGGUCAAGGAGGAAAUGGACACAUCCGAAGACCUGCAAGAGCAGGUCCAGUCUCAGAAGAAGUUGCAAACACCGUGUUCACAGCAGACACUUCUCAAGUUGCAACAGAUUCAUCGGUUACAGCAGCAGCAGCAACAACAAUUGCAGCAGCAAGUGCUGGUGGACCUACCAAACAUACAGCAACAGAAAACGCAGUUAUUGCAAAAACAGCAAAUGCAAACGGACCCACAGAAACUGCAGCAGGAGCAAGGAAAGACACGGGUACUGCAGCAACAGCAGCAAAAGUCACAGUUGUUGCAGCAGCAGAAAACACAGUUACAGCUUCAGCAGCAGAAAAUGGUGUUACUUCAACAGCAGAAGACACAGUUACAGCAACAGCAAAAGACGCAGCUGCUGCAACAGCAGCAAAAGACUGAGUUACAGCAGCAGAAGACAACAACGUUACUGCAGCAGCAGCAGCAACAACAAAAGUUGCAGCAGCUCGUCAUCCAGCAGAGCCAGAAAAAGCAACUACAAGCCAAUCAGAAGCAGCAACCGAAGUCACAAAAUCAACCACAGCAGCAGUUACAGACACCACAGGUUUCGCAAGUGUUCGUCAACCAGCAGUCUGGUACUCAGAUCACCACAUCUUUCCCACUAGAUCUUCUGAAGGCUCACACCACACCCACUUUGGUCACUGACAGCAAUGGCAACCGCUAUCUGAUUGCUCUCACCAGUAACGGUGUGGACAGCUUGACCGUAAAAUCUCCUCAGAGCAAAUCAAACGGUCGCAUUACUCUACAGAGAUUACAGUCUUCUCCUACCAAGCUCCCCAGCCAAUCAUCUACUAAUGUCGCCAGUUCUGCCAACCAGUCACAAGCUGUCAGAGAGCCCGUCACCAAAGUUCAGAAAGUGGGGCUUCACCUGGAGACCACAGCUGUUCAGGAGUCCAGCCAGCCGGUAUCUGCUCCACCGAGCUUUGAGCCGUUCUUCAGCGAGGAAUCAAACACACUGAGCAAACCUGCCUCACCUUCUCCAUUUAAGGAGGAGGUUUGCCCAACCUUUGAUCGCCACACUUUGUUCACCCCUUCCUCCCCAAAGCCAAAUCCUCAGCGUUUCAAAGAGAACGUCUCCAACAACCACCAAAUAGAUGACCUGUUUGAAAUCCUGAUCAAGAGUGGAGAAAUCUCAUCCGGAUUUAAAGCCAGUCAAGACCCCUCCCUGUCAGACCUCCAUAACAGCCCACCCACUCCCUCCCCACCUUCUUCUCCACUCCACCUUUCGCAGCCCGCACAUCACCCCGACCCCACCCAUUCCCAGCAGCUCCCGGACACACAGGCCAGGCCUUGCUCCGCAACCGGACGCCUUGAGGAUUUCCUAGAGAGCACCACAGGGACUCCUCUUCUCGGGGUGGAGCCGGACGGCCCGUUGACUUUGAUCGAUGAUCUCCACAACCAAAUGCUGAGCACUUCCAGUAUUCUGGACCACUCCCCAUCUCCAAUGGACACCAGUGACCUGAGCUUCUCGCCCCACACAACCAGCCUGGACUUUGAAGACCCCACCCUUGAUGGCAUGGAUUGGCUGGACAUACCCUUGGGAGGAGGGGGCAGUAUUUGUAACAGUGGUGGUGGUGGUGGUGGUGGUAUGGUCCUAGCUCCUCUGAGUUCACACACCCCACCCAGUGUGUUCUCCGCUGACUUUUUGGACAGCUCGGAUCUGCAGCUCCACUGGGACUCCUGUUUGUAGCUUUUGAUCUUAAUUGCUUAUUGACACACAAUUUGGCACCUUCAACGUUACUGUGUAUAACCCGUACACAAAACACUCCAGACGCACAUGCUGUUUCUUGAGCUUUAUUUUUCAUCGUGUUCCACUAGAUUGCCGGAUGGUAUUGUAAUGGUUCCUGCGUCUGAUAAUGUAGGUCCUCUUAAGCACUGAAUAUUAAGCUUUCAUUUACCCACAUCACAUGGCCUUGUCGCCUUUGCCAACAGUGAGACCAAUCUGGACCUUGCCACCAGCUUCCCAUCUCUCCAGGAAUUCCACAUUUUAUGUCCUACAAAUCUAUUUGUUGGUCUAGAUAUUAGACCACUGAUCUGCAUGUACAUACACAAUCCUUUUGAUAGGUUAUUAUAACUGUAAGCACACCAGUUUGAACAAUUUUCACUGGAAGAGGUGAAUAACCCUGCAUACAUAGUAUUUUGUUUACUACCUGUUUCAGGUAAGCUAUGAGAGCUGAAAUAUUAUAUGAGGUUACAUUGCAGUUCUAUGUAUUUCCUCUUUGACCUCUCCCUCAUCCCCAUAGCUUCAUACAAUCACAUUUGUUCACACGAACAAAGAAUGGGGGCAGUAUAUGAGAUCAGACCCCUCCUUAUAUCUCCACUGUAAACGUUUUAAGCUGUUGUACCCUUCGGCAUGUUAGUUUUACCGACUUUGCACUUAAGCCGAUCCGACUGGUGCUCUGGUUUAAUGAAACAACCCAAUGCAGUGGGCUCUGCAGGGAACCAGGUUUGGUGGCGUUCACCAGAUCUCUAUGCAUUGCUGUACUUUAGGUUCAUGAUAUUUCUGAAACCUUUGUUUAGCCCCUAUGAUUGUAGCGAUUAUGUGGUGGAGGUCAGUGCUGGGGGUUAGGUUUCAGGAGUAUUUGGAACUUAUUUUUUAAAAAAGACAACAAAAUAAAAUAAAAAAAAUG